UUUUACUUCCAUCCAUAUUCCGAACCCCUUAUGAUAUUCUAAUUUUGGAGAUGUGUCUUUUAAGAGCAUAUUAAUUUUUUGCUUGCCCUAAAGGUCAGGACUGCUUAAUCCCACUUUGCGACCCCCUGCAGUGAAAUGAAUGAGCUUUGGCAGGAAAGAAAACCAAAUAUAUACCUUGCAGGGUUUGCUAAAGACAGCAGACAACUGAAAGAAGCUUUCCUCUUACAACAAAAGAGUAAAACCAUGAAGUCCUUGGUGCUGUGGCUAUUGAUUUUGGCAACGUCAAUGCAAGUAAUCUAUAGUCAGCACUGGUCAUAUGGAUUGAACCCUGGAGGAAAAAGAGAGCUGCUCCUUUUAGACAAGCAAACCAAUGUACCGGUGAUUGAUGGCUUUCGGCAAGUGGAAAAGCCUUGCAGAGUUGUGGCAUGUGGACAUUUGUCACUUUUUGCCAAAAUAUGCAGGAUGAACGAAUUUCAUGGAAAUGCUGCUGGUAAGCAAUCUGGACGAAGAACCUUUUAAAACAAAUGAAUGUGGUUGAACAAUAAAUGUUCAUAUUUACAUGUGCACAGUAAUUUGUGUGUCUGUGUG